CCGCGCGGUUUGCGCGCAGUCGAAGUUCCAUCUUGUUUAAUGAUAUUGGACAUCUGUUUUGUUUGAGCUUGGAAUGAAGGAAAGAAUGAAGGAACUAUCUUUAUUUAAAACUCUAACUUCAUUUAAUAACUGACAGUUCAAUUUCAUUCAUAUUGUGUUCAUUAUCAAGACAAAGAAAUCAGUUCUUUGAUAUGUCAAUUUCUUUCGUUGAAAAAGUUAUCCCCAUUUUCUUUUCGGAAGUAAGAGUCAUUGAUUUAUUGUUGUUUUCCUUACAUUAAUCAAUGAUGUAGACUGUCAUUUACAAUGGAAAUAAACAGAUUCCAUCCAUAUUUUUGUUCAUUGUGUGUAUUUGUAAUUUUUUUCUUACAAAGAGAGGAGAACCUAUCGACGCAGUCCGGGAGCUCCAUAUAGAUCAUUGGUUCAUCAAUGGCCUACAGAAAUUUGACACCACAAUUGAAGCCCUAUUCCCCAGGCUGAUACAACUGACUUUUACCACUCUUCAAACUGUAUCACUAGGAGUUGUUAAACGGUUGGCACAUUCCAGCCUACUAAAGUUGUCUAUUGAGCAUGGUGGGGAAGAGGAAAAAUUUGUUCCUCUCAUUGGAGAACCUGCUUCACUGGGACAACUUUUCUCCGGUUCUUUUCCAAUACUCCACUCUCUGACCUUCCGAGAGGUAGUAAUGGGCAAAAUACGCAGUGAAGCAAUACUAUGUAAUCUAAAGAACCACCGGUAUUUGAAAUCAAUAAGCAUCAUUAGCUGUUUUACGGAUGACGAACUGGACCUCCUGGCUGAACAAAUAAGAACUGAGAAAGGGAUGAAAAUAACACUUCGACAUAAAAAAGCACAAAGGACAUUAUCUUUUGGCAGCACUGGACCAUUAACAAUAGAUAUGAUCGAUGCACUUUUCCAUCGAACGUGUGUCACUCACUUGGCAGUGCUUGAGAAUGGCGUAAAGAUUGCAGAUGAAGAAUAUUUUCCAGACCUUCAUGGCCGAGGGGUGGAUUCAAAGAUUGGAAAGCUCUGCAUAGAUGGCUGUAAUCUGAAAGAAAAUGAUCGAAUAGCAUCACGUUACUUUGCCAAGUUUCUUUGUCUUCUGCCUAUUCUCACCGACCUGACGAUGAAGGACUCUUUCAAACGAUGUCUACAUGAUGAUUUCUACCGUGAGCUUGCUCUUCUUGCCUCUUCUUCAAAGAUUCAGAAUGUACGCUUGGAGGGCUGGUGUUUGGAAAACAAUGAUCACAUGGCGUCCCGCAAUCUCGCCAGAUUUCUUUGCAAUCUACCCUGUCUCACUGACUACACGAUUAAGGAUUCACAUGAAUCUCGUUUAUGGUUUUCUGAAGACUUCUACCAGGAGAUUGUUAUUGAGGGUCCAUCUUCAAAGAAUCAUUUCUUUAACAAGAAGCUACACUUGGAUGAAAGGUUAAAAGAGUUGAAGGGAUUGGAUCUUGAAGAACGAAUUACAUACAUCAGACAUCUUGUUCACCCCACGUUGUCAGAGAAAACUAGUACAUGUAGAGCCAAUCAACCUCCGUUGUUGCACCAAAGGUCCGUGCAGCAACAGAUAGAAUACCCAUCAUUCGUCACUCCACCAGAUUUAGAUGUUCCUUCAACCAGCGGAAUAAAUCCACAAAGUGGCAAAAUACCUAAAGCACAACGUCCUUCAGUAGACCAAAGCCUUCAAUCGAGGGGUAAUGUAAUAAAUGCAGCAAAUUUGAGUCGUGUGAGGGAUAAUACCCUCAUAGAUCAACAGAAUAACAUCAAUUUUUAUGGAUGUUGCCAUCGUUCCGAGGAUGAUCCCUCGACCAAGAGAGACAAGAACACCAACCGAAAGACUGACUCUAGCGACGAAGAUGAUAGAACAAGACCGAACAAGCAAAGCAAAAGCUAUGGUUCCAAGGAUGGCUGUCCAAGGAAGAGAAAGAAAAAUACAAACCAACAGACUGACUCUAGCGACGAAGAUGAAAGAACAAGCGGGGACAAACAAACAAUGAGCGAAGUUUCCGAGGAUGACAAUAUAGACGGGCGCCCAAGGAAGAGAAAGAAAAAGACAAACCGACAGACUGACUCUAGCAGCGAAGAGGGGACAAUCAAACAAUGAGCGAUGGUUCCGAGGAUGACAGUCUGGGUGAAGUACCAAGGAAGAUAAGAAGGCAAACCGACGGACGCCAUCUCCUUGAUGGGUUUCAAAUGCAUACUUUGAUGUGCGACAUUUUAUAUUUGUUAAAUCAUAGGUUGAGUUCUGGGAAAGGCCUACAAUAUCUGAAAUAUCUGAACCAAAUUUCAAACCACAUCUUUGUGUAGUCCCAUACAUCCAUACAGGCGGGGAUCCAGGGGGGGGGGGCGAGCAGGCCUUGCCCCCCCCCCC